AUCAAUUUUCCCGCGCUUUCAACUGUUUUAGCCAACUAUUUGUUUCUUUUUACAACUCUUUGCCAACUUGUGUAGUGUUUGUAGCUGCAGUCUUUGCUAGGGUUCUGCCGCUGCGCCACCACUUAUACGUUAUGGAAAUUCAUCAAAUUGCUCAGCUCCUCAAUCAAACUCUGAGCCCCGACGGUGCCGUCAUCAAUGCCGCCACCGAUGCUCUCGAUCACCUCUCUACUCUCCCAGAAUUUCCCUUCACUCUGCUCUCUAUCGCCAUAGGAGGUGAGAACGGAGGUCAGAAAGUAGCUGCAGCCACAUAUCUCAAGAACUUCACUAGAAGAAAUGUUGAUUCCAUUGAUACAAAUUCAGGAAUCACCAAAGAGUUUAGAGAUGCAUUUGUGCGCGCUUUGCUUCAUGCCGAACCUAUGACUCUUAAAAUAUUAGUUGAAGCUUUUCGCUCAAUUAUUGCAGUUGAGUUUGUGAAGAAGGAUGCUUGGCCUGAGCUUGUGCCUGAGCUAAGGUCGGUCAUUCAGCGCAGUGAUAUGAUUGAUAAGAAUCCGAAUUCUGAAUGGAAAACCAUCAACGCUCUAACCAUUCUUCACUCACUGAUUAGACCCUUCCAGUACUUUUUGAAUCCAAAACUUGUGAAGGAGCCAGUUCCACCACAGCUAGAACUUAUUACAAGAGAGAUCCUUGUACCCUUACUUGCUGUAUUUCACCUCUGCACCGAAAAGGUAUCAGAUGCCCAACAUACAUCAGAAGUGCAGACAGAAACUAUCCUUCUCAUCACAUGCAAGUGCAUCUAUUUUGCGGUGAAAUCUCACAUGCCGUCUGCCUUGGCUCCUCUGCUUCCUUCUAUUUGUCAAGAUCUGAUACGAAUCCUGAAUUCUUUAAGUUUUGAUGGUGGCUUGACUUGCAAAGAUGGGUAUUCUCUGCGGAUGAAGACUGCAAAGCGAAGUCUGCUGAUUUUCUGUGCUUUAGUCUCCCGGCACCGGAAGUUUGCUGACAAACUGAUGCCUGAUAUGGUGAAAUGCGUUUCAGAGAUUGUCAAGCAUAGCACAAUCAUAAGUAAACUGGAUCCGCUGUCAGAAAGGACUGUAUCGUUAGCCUUUGAUGUUAUUUCUCGUGUUUUAGAGACAGGUCCGGGAUGGCGACUGGUUUCACCUCACUUUUCUUCCUUGCUUAAUUCUGCAAUCUUCCCAGCUCUUGUGAAGAAUGAGAAGGACACAGUAGAGUGGGAAGAAGAUCCGGAUGAAUACAUAAGGAAAAAUCUUCCGUCUGACCUUGAAGAAAUUUCUGGAUUGAGAGAUGACUUGUUUACAGCAAGGAAAAGUGCUUUAAACUUGCUUGGUGUUAUUUCAUUAUCUAAGGGACCGCCAGUCAAGACUUCUACAGCUUCAUCAAAGCGUAAGAAAGGAGAAAAGAACAAAAGAAAAGGUUACAGCUCGAUGGGGGAGUUGUUGGUGCUUCCAUUCUUGUCAAAGUUUCCUGUUCCAACCGAUAAUGGAGAAAACACAGUAAAUGAAUAUUACGGAGUCCUGAUGGCCUAUAGCAGCCUUUUAGAUUUUCUAACAGAGCAGAGUCCUGGAUUUACGGAUACUCUAGUUAGGAAUCGGGUGCUACCACUGUAUGAAACACCAACUCCUCAACCAUAUUUAAUUGCCACUGCAAAUUGGGUCCUAGGAGAGCUUGCUUCAUGCCUUUCUGAAGGUAUGAGUGCUGAUAUUUAUUCUUCAUUAGUGAAAGCAUUACAAAUGUCAGAUAUAGGGGAUGUUUCUUGUUAUCCUGUGCGGGUGACAGCUGCUGCUGCGAUUGCCCAACUCGUUGAAAAUGAGUACAUGCCACCUGAGUGGUUACCACUUCUUCAAGUGGUUUGUCAUAGGAUUAGUGAUGAGGAAGAAGAUAGCUCCAUUUACUUUCAGCUUCUAAGUACUAUGGUCGAGGCUGCAACUGAAAAACUUUCACCGCAUAUUCCAGAUAUUGUUUGUCUGUUGGUUAAAGAAACUUCAAAGAACUUGCCUUUAGAUCUGGAGCCAUGGCCUCUGAUGGUGGAACAGUGCUUUGCAACACUAGCAGUGAUGGCUCAGUGUUGGGAAAACUCAGCAUCGGAAGAAAAUGAGCAGGAUGAUUCUAGUCAAUUGUGGCUUUCUGGUCAGACCACCAUGAUGAGAGCAUUUUCAGAUCUCCUACAGCAUGCGUGGCUAAGAUCUGCUCCACUGAUGGAACAUGAGGUUGCCUUCUCAGUGCCCCCUUCAUCAUGUGUUGAUGACUGCUCCACAUUGCUUGGUUUCAUUUUGCAAGGAAUUACCCAAGCUGACGAUCUUUUGAAGCUAAAAGUCUCAGAGCUGAUGCUGGUCUGGUCAUAUCUCAUAGCUGACUGGCAUGCAUGGGAGGAGAUGGAGGAUUUAUCAGCUUUUAACUGUAUCAAGAAAGCAGUUAGCCUAAACAAGAAAUUUGCUGUGAAGAACUUUCUUGUGGGGAAGCUGCCGUUGCCUCCUGCUCCACCUGUUCCCCAAAAAUCCAUCCUUGAAGGAAUUGGUGCAUUCAUUACCGAAGCUUUCUCACAAUAUCCAUCUGCAGUAUGGAGGGCAUCCUCUUGUGUCCACAUUCUGUUACAUAAUCCCAGUUACUUACCUGAAGGAGAAGGUGUCAAGCAAUCUUUGGUGAUUUCCUUGUGUCAGGCAGCAUUUUCUCGUUUUAGAGAGAUUAAAAACCAGCCUGUCCCACUAUGGAAUCCUUUGUUGCUUGCAAUAGCGUCGUGUUAUUUGUGUUUUCCUGAUAUUGUAGAGAAGAUUAUAGAGGGCAUUGAGCAUGAAGGCUUUACAAGCUUCCUAUCCGCUUUGGCAAUUAUCUCAACAAGCAGAUUUGACCAUAGUUUGUCAUCAGAGGCUGAGAUCAAGUUGGUAGUGAUGGCACUGGCACAAUCUCUUGACAAGCUGAUAGGACGGCAAAAUGAAGGGAGUUUAUUGCUACAUGAUUGCGUUGCAUCACUGAUGGAGGCAUUUCUGAAGUUUAAAGAACUGGAAGAAGAAGAGGAAGAUGAAGAUGAAGAAAGUGAAGAUCAGGCUUCUGGUGAUGAGGAAACUGAAGAUGAUGAUGAUGAGGACUCUGAAGAUGAUGAACGAGAAGAAACUGAACAAGAGUUCUUGGAGAGGUGUGCCAAGACAGCCGCGGAAAUGGAAAAUGGAACCAUUGUGGAAGAAGGUGAUGCGGAAGAUCAAGAGCUAGAAAUUGAACUGGGUUGUUUGGAAGAUGUGGAUCUGGAGAACACUGUGCUUUUGGUAAUUGAAAGAUAUCACCAAGUGCUUUUACGGCUACAGUUGCCACCAGAACUGAUUUCGAGUUUCUUGGAAGCCUUGCCUGAAUGUAAAUUAUACUUCCAACAAGCUAUAUAGAAUAUGAUACAUGCGCUGCUCUUGGCAUUCUUAUUUUUUUAAACCUCUGAUUGUUGUAGUUGUCCAGUGUGCUGUUGGUGGCUGAUUAUUUUGUUUAUUCUUGUAAUAUUUGCCUUCUUGUUGUGCUGAUGGAAGUCUUGUGUUCCAUCUUAAUGUUCUCCUUUUCAUCAGGUGUCUUUGUUAUGAGAAGAAAAAAGUUAAGCAACAAUUAUAAUACAAUUUGAAUUCAAUAUA